ACUGAAACGCGCCUGCGGUUUAGUUCAACGCAUAAAAAUAUACUACCAUAUCACAUCCUGGCCUCCGUACAAACGUGAUGGGGCUCCUCAGUCAGGGUUUUCAAGCAGAUGCGAUCUGCUUGCUUCCUCCCUAGGUUUGAGGGUUGGGCUUCAGUGCGGAUCUCAUCUUUCACCUCCAUACUUCUAUCCAUUCGUCAUGGUGCUCGAUCCAGCACCCACUCUAGGCUAGGGUCAAGCACGGAAGUCUAGGUGGACCAGGAUUCACGUAUUGAUUGUAAAAUGGGGAUUCCUCAUCUCUAUGUUUUAUGGAUGGUGAUUAUCAGUGGAAAUGUGCGCGCUGGCGUCGAGCUCCUUCAGAGGCACGUGGGGGAGUCAGCGGUCCUCCGAUGCUCAGGCCCACCAGGUACAGAGGACACCUCGGCGUACGGCGUCCGCCUGAAGCGGUGCUGGCUGCGCCAGGAACAAGUGCUGUUCAUGCACAAGGACAGUGUCAAGCCGUACGUGUCGAACCAUCUCGACGACAAGCGAUUCAACGUCAGCGGUGACCCCAGCGUCCGGCAGGUGAACGUGACCAUCUCGGACCUGAGGCCCGGCGAUACCGACCGCUACUGCUGCGAGUUCGUCAUCGAAGCAACGCCGGAUGAUAGGAUCAUUCCUGGGGAGGUCGCAUUCUUCAUCUACGUUGUUAAUGACGACCCCCGCUCGCUGGACGUAGUGCACAUGGAGACGUCCGCCGGGGGCUCGGUCGUGCUCCCAUGCACGCGCCCUCUAGGUGAGGGUCGGCAGGCGGCGGUGGAGGGGUACAGCCUCAAUCGUCAGAGGAGCUCAGGCCCCGUGGAGCUGCUCCACCACUCCAGGGACCAGCGGCUACCCGCCCCCAGCUCCAUGCUCCCCUCCUCCCGGUCCUCCUCCCCCUUCCCGGCCCAUCGGCUAGUGUUCGCGACGACGCCCACCGCGGGGGGCAUGGUGUUCAACGUCACGCUGCUUAAUCUGCAGCCCCAGGAGAGCGGCUUCUACAGCUGCAGCCUGCUGCUGGCCAGCAGGCCUCUGGCCGGCCACAGCCUGCGCUCGCCCGUCGUCUAUGUUUCCGUGCAAGAAAUUCAACACCUGUCUGCAGGCGGUCAGUGUAACUGCUCCAGCUACAGCACUCUGCUCUAUGCUCUGUUUGCCGGCGUUGCUGUGUUGGUGCUGCUCCUGAUGCUGCUCAUAUAUUGGGCUAGAGGAAGGAUCCGUGUCAAACCACAAGCGCAGGUCCCCAUCUACGAGGAGAUGGUCGGGGUGCGGUCGCCCAAACCGAAACUUGGCCCCUGUGGUAUAGGCACCUUCCAUCUGGAGGAAGCGGAUGUUUCUGAUUACAGCAACUCCCUUGUUGCCAAACCCCGUACUGAGAACCACUAUGAGAGCCCCAGCCUUGCAUGUAUCAGUCAGGGCUAAGGCAGGGCUCAGGGCCAUGCUUUCACUCUGUGACAUCGUCACACCAAUACCUCAGCACACAGGUGGUGAAGUUAAUCCUGGAACACCAAGCAAUACUUUGGAUAGAACUCUCUUAGCUAAAAUUGAGUUGAGUUCUGAUGUUUUUAUAGGGCAAUGCUUGAAAUUUUAUAUGCAAGUUCUCAUUUUUAUAUCUCUUUUUGGAGAUUCUAUUUGUAAUAUAUAUGUCUUAUGUGAGUUCUUUGCUGCUGCAUAUUAACCACCCAUAUUUUUCGCAUAUUGUGGCUUAAAGCUAUUGCAGGCUAUUUGCUUAUUUUUCUUUUCAUGUUUGUUUGAAUUGUCUUAAUAUCCCGACAGAAAUCAAUAAAUCGAAUGCUUUGACAAAAAAAAAUAAAAAAAUGUUAAGCACC